GGGAGCGGGCGAGCCGGCGGGCGGGCGGUGCUGCGGGGCCCCGCGGCCGCCGGCUCCAAUGGCGAGGCCGGCGCGGCCCCCGCUAAUUACAUAAGCGGGACGUCAAUAAUUCGCGGGAAAACGCGAAAAAGAUGGCGCCCCGCGCCCGGGGGGCCCCUUCCUGAGCGCCCCGGCCCCUCCCUCCUCCUCCGCCCCCCCUCCUCCCCGCGGCGCCCCCGCCCCGCCCCGCCCCCGCCGAGACCCCGACCCCGGCCCCACGGGCGGACACUCGGCCGGGCAGCCGCGGGCCGAGCGCAGCCGCCUCCGCCGCCGAUGCGCCUGGUGGCCAGACUCCCAGUGGGACCGGCGGACACGCAGCCUCGCGUGUCAGUGGAAGCUGAUGGAGAAUCGAGGUCUGGACCCAGGGACUCGGGACUCCUAUGGUGUCACCAGCCACCUCCCCAACAAGGGGGCCCUGGCAAAAGCCAAGAACAACUUCAAAGACCUGAUGUCCAAGCUGACGGAGGGCCAGUAUGUGCUGUGCCGGUGGACAGAUGGACUGUAUUAUCUCGGGAAGAUCAAGAGGGUCAGCAGCUCUAAGCAGAGCUGCCUUGUAACUUUUGAAGAUAACUCCAAAUACUGGGUCUUGUGGAAGGAUAUACAGCAUGCUGGUGUUCCAGGGGAGGAGCCCAAGUGCAACAUCUGCCUGGGGAAGACAUCAGGGCCACUGAAUGAGAUCCUCAUCUGUGGGAAGUGUGGCCUGGGUUACCACCAGCAGUGCCACAUCCCCAUAGCGGGCAGUGCUGACCGGCCCCUGCUCACACCUUGGUUCUGCCGACGCUGCAUCUUCGCGCUGGCUGUGCGGAAAGGCGGCGCGCUGAAGAAGGGCGCCAUCGCCAGGACGCUGCAGGCCGUGAAGAUGGUGCUGUCUUACCAGCCCGAGGAGUUGGAGUGGGACUCGCCCCACCGCACCAACCAGCAGCAAUGCUACUGCUACUGCGGUGGGCCGGGAGAAUGGUACCUGCGGAUGCUGCAGUGUUACAGGUGCAGGCAGUGGUUCCAUGAGGCCUGCACCCAGUGUCUCAAUGAGCCCAUGAUGUUUGGAGACCGGUUCUACCUGUUCUUCUGCUCUGUGUGCAACCAGGGCCCAGAGUACAUCGAGAGGCUGCCCCUGCGAUGGGUCGAUGUAGUUCACCUGGCCCUUUACAACCUGGGGGUGCAGAGCAAGAAGAAGUACUUUGACUUUGAGGAGAUUCUGGCCUUUGUCAACCACCACUGGGAGCUCCUGCAGCUUGGCAAGCUCACCAGCACCCCUGUGACGGACCGAGGACCACAUCUCCUCAACGCUCUGAACAGCUACAAAAGCCGGUUCCUCUGUGGCAAGGAGAUCAAGAAGAAGAAGUGCAUCUUCCGCCUGCGCAUCCGCGUCCCGCCCAACCCCCCUGGGAAGCUGCUGCCUGACAAGGGCCUGGUGCCCACGGAGAACGGUGCCUCCUCUGAGCUGCGUAAGAGAGGAAAGAACAAGCCUGGUUUGUUGCCUCAUGAAUUCCAGCAGCAGAAAAGGCGAGUUUAUAGAAGAAAAAGAUCAAAGUUUUUGCUGGAAGAUGCUAUCCCCAGUAGUGACUUCACCUCGGCCUGGAGCACCAACCACCACCUGGCCAGCAUAUUUGACUUCACGCUGGAUGAGAUACAGAGCUUAAAAAGCGCCAGCUCGGGCCAGACCUUCUUCUCAGACGUGGACUCCACUGAUGCUGCCAGCACCUCCGGCUCCGCGUCCACCAGCCUCUCCUACGACUCCAGACGGACAGUGGGCAGCCGCAAGAGGAAGCUGGCAGCCAAAGCAUACAUGCCACUGCGGGCAAAGCGGCGGGCAGCCGAGCUGGGUGGACGCUGCCCCUCGGACAGCAGUGCAGAGGGGGCCUCAGGCCCUGAGCGGCCAGACGAGGGUAUCGACAGCCAUACAUUCGAGAGCAUCAGUGAAGAUGACUCGUCCUUGUCCCACCUCAAGUCAUCCAUCACCAACUAUUUUGGCGCAGCUGGGCGGUUAGCCUGUGGGGAGAAGUACCAGGUGCUGGCUCGGAGGGUCACACCUGAGGGCAAGGUUCAGUACCUGGUGGAGUGGGAAGGGACCACCCCUUACUGACCAGACCCCAGAGGAUGCCAGGAGUCCUGGAAACCAAAGGAGAGGCAGUGGAAGCCACAGGCUCCCCAGUUCUCUCCAGGCUGGGGUGAGGGAGGGAAGCAAGACAGAGCUGCAAGUGCCUGGUCAAAGCCCUGCCUGCCCGCCUGCCAGGGCUGUGCCUCUGCUGUGCCUGUUCCGCUCUCGGGCCUCCUCAGGCUCACCACUCCUUUGCCAGUGUCUCUGAGGUCCCGCUGGCUACUUCUCAGUGCCUCCACACACUUCCUCAAACUGUUUACUUGUUCCUUUGAAUUAGUGUCCUGCUGGCUCUGUGGCCUGCUCCUGAGGCCUGAGUCUUUGUCCCCAGUGUGUCCCUUUACCUUUCUUUCCCCUUUUGGGUGUGUGUGUUUACACACCCAACCCUCCACUGGACAUCCUUCACACCUGAUCCAUCCCAGGGGCUACAUAAUGAAAACAGAAAUCUUUGAGAAAGACUGGGUGAAGGUGGGUAGAAGGAUGCCUUGAGGAGCCUUUCUCUCCUUUUCCCUGCCACUCCUUCUGCCCUUGAGAAGAGGUGCUGAAGGUGGGAGAAUGCCUCUGGAAAGCUUGUGUGGCAGAGACCCUGGGACUCUCAGGCUCUGAGGAGUGAGGAGGCUGGGUCUCUGCUUCAGAAGGCACCAGCACCAGAGCCCAGCUGUUAAGGCUGAGAGCAGGCUGUGGGUGUCAGCUUCUGAGACCCCAGAUUUCCCUUCCAUGGCCACAUCCCUCUCUCUGUUACCAUGGAGCUGGGUCUGGCUUGCCAACCUGAGGCUUGAGGAGAGGAAGCCAUGUCCUGCUACACCUCAGACUGUCUCCUCUGCCUCCUACCCCCAGACUCAGCACACACACAGCCCAACAAUACACACUCACACAAACUUCCAUCUAGGUGUGUGCUUUCACCUCCAGGCACACGCAUGGGCCCUGGCCUCCAGGUGUGUACACACCACACACACACAGCCACACAUUCCUUCUGGCGCCAGCCUGGCUCCUGCCCUUGGCUUUCCCUUGGCCCUCUUCCAGGGGCCGACGUGCUGCAACUAAAUGUGAAAGUCCAGCUCCUGCCCACGAACCAGCUUUGGCCCUAGAGGGAAGCACCGGGGACUCAUACCCUCUUCCUUAUCCCCUGCCCUGCUCUGAAACUGACAAUCACCUUUUGGGGCAGGCUGGGAUUUUUUAAAGGACUUAGGUCAUUAAGUCCCCUCAAAGGGAAGCCUUUGUCGGUGCAAGUAUAAAUAGAGUUCUUAGAACUGACAUUAAAACUCAGACCCAUCUGGAGGGAGACCAAAAAUGGGAGGGGGAGGAGACCCCUGAUUUUUGCUGCUUCCAGAGCUGUUAGUAACUGACUCACUUGAUUGGAAAGAAGUGCCUUGACUGGGGUGAGGGGCGCACCAGAUGGGGACCAGCCUUGCCAACUGCUGCUGUGGCCUCCAGUUUGGCUGGGUUGUGGAAGCUGCCAGCUGCAAGGCGAAGGGGAUGAACAAUGAGGCGGUCGCAGCAGGCUUGGAGCUGGUUUUUGCAUUAUUAGGCUGAUGCUCUCCCCAUCUGGGGGUCCCUGAGUGAGCUCAGAUGUCCCUUGCCUCCAACCUCAGCCCCAACAGUGCCUUUCAGCUGGGACCUCACCUCCUGGACACAGCCCACCCACCUCCCUCUGCUUCCCAGCAUGACCCAGACAGGGAUGAGCUGGUUGGGCCCACUUCUCUCCCUUCUCAGCCCCACAGCUGCUGCCACUGAAGCCCCCCAGCUGGGGCCCGGUGGAAGGGGAGCUGAGAAGCCAGCCGCCAGCGCAGCGGGGGCGUGGGCCCAGGAACUAAUCGGCGGCCUCCUGCCUGGCUCCAGAGCACGGCAGCCUCU